CGAAACUUAUGGGAUGUGGCCGAUGGAGCAUAUACCCCAUUAUAGAUUAUACCGUAGCUCAGUGUAGUGCUGUGCGUGAAGUUCCCUGCUCUGUCUAGGCCAGCAAUAGACAAUUGAAAGAUCAAUCGCCGAAUAUCCAUAUAAUAAACAUUUUCUACGGGCACUCGACUAAAACCAGCUAAUUAUCAUCACUGAUGUUCAAAGGCAGGCAUCGAGAAUAGCUCAAACCGUAGAAUGAAGCAAUUCCAUCGGAAUAUUCUAAUAAAGUUACGCGAGGCAAUCGUUCAGGAUUUGGAUGUUGCAAAUGGUGUGAUUGGACCGCUGGAAGCAGACUGCAUUUUGAAGCCGGAAGAUUUGACGCACAUAGAAGCUAGGGAAACGAAGGAGGCACAAGCUGAAUUUUUACUGGAUAUCCUACCCAAUCGAGGCCCUAAUGCAUUCAGGACAUUCCAUCAAGCCCUAAAGGAGCAUUACUUUUGGCUGAGUAACGAAAUGAAUGACUUGCUCAUGGCUGAUGGCACUGAUGCCGUGGAUUCAGUGGGUGAGAGGAUACCAAUACUGCCACCAGUUUCUCCCUUGACAGUUGUCAGAGAGCAAAAGAUUCAACAGUUGACGAAUGCACUGGAAAAACUCAGUCCUCGUGGUUAUGUAGUUAUCCAUGGAAUGAAAGGAUUUGGAAGGUCUCGCUUAGCUAUCAACGUCUUGAGUGACACAUCCGUCCAUAGAAACUUGUUUAAUUCUCAAAUAUUCUGGGUCAGAUUCGGAUGUAAGGAAAAAGUUUCACCAUAUACUGAUCGGCUAGAAGAUGAAAUAUUAAAACAACUAAAUAAUUUGUACCACCAAAUAGAAAAUGACCCCCAAACUUGGACCGAUGACAACUCGGGCUUCGGUAAAGACCAGCUGCGAAAAUUUUUAGGAAAAUAUUUCAAUGAUUAUCGCAAUGCACUACUUGUUCUGGACGAUGUCUGGGAUAAAGCCAUCAUCGAUACUUUCGAUUUCAACUGCAAGACCUUGGUAAUAACCAUAGACCUGGGUGUAUUGGGAGAACGACAUAAAGAAAUUGUUGAGAUGAGGCAUGGAUUUACAGAAGCUGAAAGUUUAAACUUAUUUGGACAAGUUCUAGGCGUUGAAAGCCAUGAAUUACCUCUAGAAGCUAAAGAGAUCCAUAACGAGUGCAAUGGUAUGCCAAUACUAAUUGAUAUGUUUGCGGCACACUUUGCUGAUUAUAAAGAAGAAUUAACACAAGACAGUACAAGAAAUCGCUGGAAAUAUUACUUGCAAUGGCUCCGCAACAAAGACGCAACAAACAAAAGCGUUAAAGAUUUACUAGAAAAACAAGAAGCUAUAUUCGAAAUGUGUAUUGAUCGUCUCCCAGAAACAACGAGGGAUCGUUAUAAAAGUCUGGCAAUAUUCAGUGAAGACGUUAACAUCAGUCCCAAAACCAUAGAAAUAUUAUGGGGUGAGACCAUUCACUCAGCAAGCGAACAGAUGCAGGAACUCUGCCACAAAUCCUUGGCAGCAAGACAAUGGAAUAAAGAGUUGGAAACAUACGUCUUCGGAGUUCACGAUCUCCUCCUUUGUUACUUGCGGAAGAAAUUAACUCCCGAGCAACUAUCAAAUCUGCACAAAAACUUGAUUGAAAAAUAUCGCGUAUACUGCAAAGGUGAUUUUUCGAAAUUGCCCACAGAUAAUUACAGUUUCUCCUACAUUGGACACCACCUGGAGCAAGCGAAUAUGUUCAGUGAAUUCAAAAAUUUAUAUUUGGACUUCAAUUUUAUCAAUGCAAAAAUCUGCAACAGCGGAAUCAAUGAUCUUCUGAUUGAUCUCAAGAAAUACCGAAAAUACAUCACUGAAGGUUCGGCAGAAGUCGAGGCUAAAGUAGUCGACGUGGAGAAGUUUCUGAGCACUCAAGUGAAGAUUCUAGCAGAGCAUCGGAGGAGAAAGUGUUUAGACCUAGUUCAAAUUGGUAUGAAUCAUAACAUCCACGGGUAUUUUCAGGAAACAGCCCAGCAACUUGCCGAAUCCCAAUCAAUGCACUUGUACUUAUGCCACGAACAACAUCAUCGAAUAGAAGAACAUCACAAUGGGGUCGAAGUACCCAUAGAAUUAACCACGGUAAACUUCACUGACGAUGAAAAUAAAAUUCUACUUGGUAGCGAUCAUGGAGUCGUCAUUCUGUGGGACACAAAUACCCGUCGACAUUUUACAUUCUGCGGUCACGAUGAAAAAUCCAAAAUUACCAAAAUCAUUGUUAAUGAACCAAAUUAUUGGCACACACUCACAUCAGAGGAAGACUUCUUCGUGGCAUUGAACGACCAAGGAGUCAUAAAACGAUUUACGCUGAACAUUGAAGAGUACGGGAACAAUUCAAAUGAUGAUGUCAUUCAGCUGAGAAGUCCUCGAGAGAAGCAAAUCUCAUACAAUUAUAUCCACAAGAUCCCAGAAGACCAAAGCCGGACAACUUAUGAUCUCAGUGAUUGCUCAAUGACUGAUAUUGCAGAUAUAGCUUUGACCCGAGACAAUAAAAAAUUAGCAGCUUGCACGCGAAAGGGCUACUAUCGAGUUUGGGAUAUUAAUGGAAGAAUUCUAUGCACGACCCACGUGCAAAAGCACGGAACAGACCUUUUAACGUUUGUCCAUGAAGUGUCUCUCCUGUUCUUCUUCGAUGCCGAAGAAGGUGUUAUCAUAGUUCAUUCUCCCAGAAAUAAUAGCGCGUAUGAGCAUGCGUCGAUAUACCGUCCGGGGAGGGACACAGGUAAAGUGAGAAAGGGCCUGAAAGGGAAGAAAGCCAUUUAUUUCCAGGAAAUCAAGACUGAUCGCUCCAGCGAUAUAGAAAUUCUUUUGGUAACUAAUUUGGAAACGGUGCAUUUUGAGUGUAAAUACACGGAGCUAGGGGCGAUUUCAAGUCCUUCAACAAGAAUCAUUUUGUCCAUUGAUCCAGAGCUUAAUCCAGGUUCAGAGUUUACGGCUGCAACAUUGACACACGAUAAUCAAUACAUUGUGAUCGCUGAUUCUGAAGGUUUUAUAAAGGUCUACAGUAUUCCCAAUUCCAUCGAUCCAAAGGCCGUGUAUUCAGGAAAAACCAGAAUGAACUGCAUCGAUAGCUAUUAUUUUACCAAUGACUCUCAUUCAAUCAUCGCAGGACUCAAUAGGUUGACGUACAAGUGGGCAUUCAAAUGCGAAUCGAAUCUGCCUCAGUCCGUCAGAAUUCCCAAAUUUGACGCUCUCAUGCAAUCCGACAAUCAGUUGGAUGUUGUGGCGCAAGUAAAGGGUAAAAAAAUUCUUGUUUUCGAGGGAAAUGAACAAAUCGCAGAGACUAAACCUAUUGAUGUUGGAGAUAUUGUUGAUCUUCAUGUAUGCCAAGAUGGGCCGAGAGUUCUGUAUGUCAAAAAGAUUGGUCAUCUAGAUAGUUUCAAGUAUGAGAUUAGAAUUUUCAAUUACAAAACCCAUCAAGAUAGGAUGAUUCAGAGUGUCAACACGUACAAAGGACCCAUCAGAUUUUUGAAAUUGAAUGAUAUGUAUUUGCCUGUUUGGAAGAAUGAUGGAAAUAUUGAAAUUGCUACGAAUCUCGGCAUUUUGUCAUUGUCCUUGUCUGCUGAGAACAUCCUAAAUCUCCAUACUAUCGACAAAGAAUACGUUAUAACUGUGUCGGACACUGGAACAAUCAUUAUUUGGAAAGUUUCUGAAACUGAAUGGGCCAAGAUUUCUGAAUUAAGAGGACACAUGAUCCCCAAUGUUUGUUAUAGUACGCUCAAUUCGCAAGAAGAUAUGCUGGCUUUGCUCAAGUCUACAGGAGAGAUGGCUAUUUAUAAUAUUGAAAAGAAAGAAUCAAAGAACGAUGUUCAAUUUAUAAUCGAGAGAUUUAUGGCAUACAAUUUCAGAAAAUCACUAACUUGCGGCAGUUUUUCACCUGAUGGCACUUUAUUAGCCUUGGGAAUGGAUAACGGCACGAUAAGUAUUUACGACGUCUACUCAAAUAGAUUCUAUAAUGAUUUGUCUCUUCACUGUUAUCCAGUCCUUCAACUCCACUGGGCACCAGAAUCUAUUGGUGCACCAAUUCUACUCUCAGUCAACUGCGAGGAUAUGGCCUGGUGGAAUAUUUCUCUCCUUCAGGAGGAUAAAAAAUUAAACAGACCAAGUCGUGCUGGUAUUCCAAGGAGUUCAACCACUCCAACAUUUGGAAUAAGUCCUCGUGGCAGUAUGAGACUCUCAGCGAGUCAAUCAGCUGCUGCUGAUCUCUCAAAAUUGACUGAGAAAUUAGAGAAAAAUGCUAGCAACGAGAAUAAUGACAGUGAUGAAGAGAAGACACGUCAAUUCUGGUGUUCUAAAGUGACUAAAGAUCAAAAUAAUCCUGGUUUAUUGCGGCUCAUUCAGUUGCCACAUAGUUGCAGGCCAAAGGUAUGUGUCUCGUGUGACUUUAAAAAAUUCUUGCUCGUCGAUAGCCAUGGAUCCAUCAACACUUACAAACUAUUUGGACUGUGAUUACGACGUUCUAGUUUUUCAAAGAAUCAUAAAAAUUAAUAAUUGUUAAUAAGAUGUUUUCGAUUGUGAUAUCACGAUGGCAAUGCUUCGAUAGAAAAGAAAGAGAGGAGUGUAUGUCAAUUUUAAUUAACUGCUCAGUGAGCCCUGAUGUUGUGAUUGAAAGAAAUAAGAUGCCGAAUAGUUCUGGGAAAGAUUUGUACAGUGCAUCAAAAUUAAAUCGUUGUGCUUAUUCCUCUUAAUCAUGAAAUUCACAAACGAGGGGAAUAUCAGAGGAGUACUUCAGGUGUGAUGUGUAACAAUAUUAAAAUAUUUUAUGCAUUUCCUUCGGAUAAAUUUUCCAUAGGUCCAUUCAACUCUGAGAGAUUGUUUUGGAUUUUUAAUCAUGUAUUAAAGAUAAUCUAAAGGACGCAUGGGGGAAAAGGACACUUGAUUUUUCAUGUGUUAAUGUCAAAUCAUUACUUAAUCAUUCAUUAAAUGCAUUUUUCUCCCGCCGAGAUAACAAUUUUUCCUUUUAUAAUGGAGACUGAGCUCAAUUGAUCGAUUUAUUUUCGAGUGAUGAGUAUUUUAAAAAUUUCUCAGGUGUACAUUUUCUCCCAUCUUUCCCCACUAGUAUAUUUUGUAUGUAGUUUCUCAAUGACGAUAGCUACUUUCUCAAUUAUUCUGUACAAAAAUACGUGCCUUAGAAAACAAUGAAAUAUGAGGAAGAAUCAACAACCAUUUCUUGUUUUGUUCUUGCACAUAUUGUUGCGUAGCUAUUGUACGAUUGUUGAUUAGAGUUCUGGAACAACCCAUUGCAUUCGAUCUAUUUUGUUCAGAACACUAGUCAACGAGAGUCUCGCAAUUCCGCAUUUAUAUGAAAACGAAUGCAUUUAUUUUACAAUUAUCAAUACUGAAAUUGCCACGUUCUCCACAUCUCAGAUAUUUUUUUUUAUCGUUGACCAGUAAUAAUGGCAAAUUAUUUCAUUCGCCCUUCAAGCCAUUAGCCACUAGUAAGCC